AUGGCAGAGGUCCUCUCUUCUGAGGAGGAACAGCAGGAGGUAGAGGCAGUUGCCGGAAAGCCUCCAGCAUCGAAGGGGCAGACAGAGGUUCCCAAGGAGCCCAAAGAGGUCCAGGAGACGGAAAAGGAGGCAAAGGCCCCUCCGAACCGAAAGCGCCCUGCGCCCGCCGAGCCGCUCCCCUACGGCUGGGUGCGCAAGGCUUCGAAGACAAAGAAAGGUGCCUACUACUAUGCCAACAUCCUCACUGGAAAGACCCAGGUGAAUCGACCUGGUCCUCGUACAGCCAGCGCUUCAGGCCACAGGCAGCGAGCCAACCGCUCGGAGCGCUUGGAAGUUUCGGGCUCCGCCCCAGCCGUGUCCGAGGAGCUUCGGCAGAGGCAGGCAGAGCAGGAUGCAGCCGCAGAGGCAGAGCUGGAAGAAGUCAAGCGCAAGGCCGCAGAACGUCGUGCGGCCCAAAAGGCCAUGGAGACAGCUCCGGACGACGAGGGCUCCGAGGAGUCUGGCUCAGCAGAUGACGAGAAUGUGACUGGAGAGGACGUCACAAAGUGGAAACAAGAAGAAGAGCUCCGUGAGAAGAAACAGGCGGAGAGAGAGGAAAAGGAGAGGCUAUCGUGGCCAGCAGCUUCAGAGCUCCCUCCGGUUCCUCGCGUUUUGCAGCCAUGCCUGGAUGUGCUGAAGGAUGGAAAGUGGCUCGAGCGGCACGUCUUGGGCUCCGACAAGCAGCGCUGGACGCUGGGACGAGCCGUCGGGGAAGUGGACUUCCCUAUGAACCAUUCCACCAUCUCGAGGCAGCACGCGGCGCUGACCAGAGGCGGCGCCGGGAUCUACCUGGUGGAUCAGUCCGUCCAUGGUGUACAGGUGGACGCGCAGCGUAUCGAAAAGAACCUGCGCGUCCUCUUAAAGAACGGUGCCAUGAUAAAGUUUGGGGCCUCAACGAGGUUCUCCAUAUCUGAACAAAAGGAAAGCAUGGUGAGCCGUGCCGCUUCGCUGGCCUUGGCCUUUCUCUGUCUAAGAGCCUUUUCCAUCGAGCAGGAUGCUGAGGCCGAGGACGGAAGCUACGUUGUGACCGUGGAUGCUGCAGGGGAGGCGCACGGCGCCUUUGCGGUCUCGGAGCCGAAGUCCAUGAGCUUGAACGCCAUCCUGCCCCACUGGCCCGAGGCUGCGGCGGUGACGCAGCAGAGCGUGCGCAGCGUCCGCAGCCCCGACGACAAGGCCGAAACCCAGGCCGAGGUGGACGAGGACGCAGAGUCAGAGGAGGAAGAGGACGAGAGCGAAGAUGAGGAUGGCGAGGAAGAAUCGACAAGCUCGCAGAGCUCGCCGGGCGACAAAGAGGCUUUCUCCUUCACCUACCGCCAGCACGUAGCCGGCUCCACGCCGACGGGGGAGCUGGGAAUCGGAACUCCAAGUGUAAAUCUGAACAUGAUACUGGACACGGGGAGCGACAAGUUUGUGGCCAAGACAUGGUCAACCAUUAAGGCCGAGCUUGACAAGAUCGACGCGGGUGCCUCGGAUGAGGUCUUCCCGAGUACAAAGCUUUACAACCACAAUGCCUCCAAGUCCUACCUGCAGCUCUUCAUGUCAUCACAUGGGAGGAAGGUCCCACGACAAGGUUUUAUAGCCUACGGAAGUGGCAUGGCCAUCACCAUGGAGGGCAGGGAAACCAUCCGAAUCGGUGGUCAAGAUGAGUAUGUCAGCAUGCAGAAGUUUCCGAUCUCCGAGAUCUCCUUGGAUUCCCUCCAGAUCCUUCAUUCAUCCAAGGGCAUCUCUGGCAUCCUGGGUCUUCAGCACAUGAUGAAUCGAUCCCUGGGCCAGUCCUUGUACUCCAAGCUGCGGGACAAGCGGGUGCUGCAUUCUUUUGGAUACUGCCGUGGCAAGAAGAAUGAUGGUACAUUCAUAUGGGGGGACAAGUCCAACGAGGGCACGGCCAUGAAUGUCGAAGGACAGAUGCACUGGGCUGUGAAGCUUAGUAACAUGCGUGUCCGGCACAGGAGGCACAAGGCUGCUUCGCUCCUCAGCGAUGACGCGGAUGUGGAUACCGUUUCAAGCAAGCCUUCUCAUGCGCACCACAAAUUCCACCUCUGCAAAGAGGGCUCUCCGUGCGUGGCCGUGAUCGACACGGGAUCCAACAUCUUGGCCAUGCCCUCCGAGGCGGUGAGGAUGCUGACGAAGACUCUGGACGUGUCCUCGGAUUGCUCCAACAUGGACCAGCUCCCCAAUCUGCAUUUCGCGCUCGGCGAUGGAAUUGAGAUUUCCUUGCCCCCAGCGGCUUACAUCAUGAAGGUGAAGCUCCCGUGGCUUCCGAAGAGGGACAGCGAGAAGAACUCUUCGGGGGAUACCAGUUCCGACAGUUCCGACUCCGGGUCCUCCACGGAGGCCACGCGUGAACAGCCGAAGCCAGAGAAGGUGAAGGCGAAGGUCAAGGUCCACCACGUCGAUGCCGAAGACAUGGAUGCGACGUCAGCGUUGCCGGAGGACUCUCCGGGAGCUGCGCGGCAUCUGCACCAGCGACUUCCACUUCAGCUGGCGCAGCAGGAAGAGGCAGCGACCUUUCAGGCCGAGGUUGAGUCUUUCGUGGAGGAGACGCGACGGCAGCAAGGCUUGGACUUGCGGGCAGUAAUUGCGAGCUCAGAUCUCGCGAUGCUUCUGAAAAACACCUCGACACUGUGCAUGCCUGCGAUUGUGCCCUUGGACCGCGAAACGCAAAAGGGCACUUUGCUUGUCGUCGGUGGCCCCUUGUUCGAGAGGUACUACACCCGGUGGUCCUGGCCGGAGGAUCAGAAGCCAAGAAUCUUCAUUCAGGACCUGCACAAAGCCGAGGCCUGCGCAGCGAAGGAGGACUCAGCAGCGGAAGCAGAGGAAGCUGGCAAAAACCCAGCGGGCAAGAUGACAGUCUGGAGGUCACACGAAAAGGACGGCCGCAUGAUCCGCGCCGAGAAAGGAAAGGGAAAACAUCUGAAGCAAUCCACGGUGUCUGCUGACCUCAGCGAGAUGCCCUCGGAGAUGAGGCCGCAGGAGAUGAACCUGGAGGACAUCAGGUAUCCGCACUGGGCGAGGUAUCUCGACGAGCUUUGA